AUGGCGUUUGGCGUUCCGCGCGCGCUUCAAAGAUCAUAUACACCACCACAGACGGGUCUCAUCAAGGCCGAUGUGCAGCCGGCGUUGCAGGCCAUGCGCAAUAAGGAACAAGGGCCUCAGCCAGGAGCAAAUCGAACGGGGGUAUUCUUACUCAGUAAGAGACUGACACUUCCUCUCGUCAUACCUUGGGCGAGAAAAGUCAUUAAAGAUCAUACCUCCUUAAAAACUAAAUUCUUUCACAAUAGCUUUUCUUUUCAAAAUGCGCUUCAUAAAAAGAUCCUACGUGAAAUACGUGACGCGUGGGAGGUGACCUACACCUACACUAGUCCUUAUAGCCGCGCCAGUGCGUACCUGGUGGGCGGAGCUAUGGGAUACAUCAUGGCAAUGUACAAACCUGCUGAUUACAGAAAAACUGUUUCCACGACUUGGUCAAUAUUUGGUAUAGCAACAAGUCUGGGAGCGAUGCUAGUCGUGCUAUCUCUAGGUUACAUCACCAAAUAUCGAGAGUACUGUCCACUGGAAGCUGCCGUCUUAGUGGCUACAAACAGAAUCGUAUGGGCUGCAGCCAUCUGCUGCAUUAUAGGCAUGUGUGAAUAUGGAACUGUUCCUAUAAUUCCCAAUAUCCUGGGCUGGUCCGUGUUCACGCCUCUCAGUCGACUUUCCUACGGCAUUUACAUGAUCCAUCCCAUCAUCGUGCAGAGGCACAAGUUUGCCCUGCGAUCGCCACACAAAUUUGAUGUUUAUGGCCUGGCAGUUAGAGAUUUAAAGAUGGGGGGUCCUAUGGUUGGAGGAAAUCGGGCCUACGUUAACCGCAACGAAACAAACGCAAUCGUAGUUUUACGCCGAUUUUCAGUGGUAUCACUACGGUUGAACCGGCCCAUUCAUCCUAAAGCAUGGUCUUUCUUACAUUUAACCAAAUUAAUUAGUAAGGUUAGGUUAGAUUUUAGACACUACGUCGACAUUGGUGAUAUCAAUCGUGCUAAGUUACGCGAUGUGGCUGUUCGUGGAGGCGCCACUGAUCAACAUCACAAAUCAACUCUUCUUCAACAAGUUUGUUCCCUUUUUUAUAUAUGCCACUAG